AAUCAUAUUUCGCCAAGUUUUGUUUUAUAUUGGACCAGGAUAGAGGAGUCGCUUUGUACAAUUUCAUUUUGUUCAAUAAAAAUCGUAGACCAAACAGUAUCAACCGGUGCCACGAAAAACUUCUGCUUUAGCAUUACAUAUAAACAUGGCAAACUAUACGCUUCUUGGGUUAGUCCUAUUCUCACUAGUAUUCACCGCCCUAGCUCUGAAAGACGACGAAUGUGAAGUGUGUGUAAAGACUGUGGAUAAUUUCGCCAAAUCAUUAGAUGAAAGCACAAAGAAAGAUCCAAAAUUGAUCGAAGAAGAAUUCCGAAAAUUUUGUAAAACUUCAAAGAAUAAGGAACAUCGAUUCUGUUACUACUUAGGCGGUCUUGAGGAAUCAGCUACAGGUAUUUUGGGUGAAUUGUCCAAGCCGUUGAGUUGGUCGAUGCCAGCCGAUAAAAUUUGUGAAAAACUAAAAAAGAAAGACGCUCAAAUCUGUGAUCUCCGGUUCGAGAAACAAAUCGAUUUGAACACAGUGGACUUGAAAAAAUUAAAAGUUCGCGACCUGAAGAAAAUCUUGAACGAUUGGGAUGAAUUAUGUGAUGGAUGUCUAGAGAAAACUGAUUACAUUAAGAGGAUAGAAGAACUAAAACCAAAAUACAGCAGAACUGAAUUAUAAUUAGUGAUGGUUAGGGAAUCUUUAAUUUAUUGAAAAUUAAACCGAAUUAAAACCAAUUCUUUUUUGUAUACCA